AUGAGCAGUCCCCGUGAGGAAGAUGUCUUCAUCCGUCCUUCAUCAAAAGAAAUCAGAUCCCAAUGGAACAAGAUCUUUUCCGAUCCCCUCAUCAAUCUGGGCAAGCUGCGCUCCCGGUCACUAGACAAAGCUGGCUUGGGUCCCGAAGGAGCGAACGGGGGUGUCACUCUGCGAUCGCUGUAUUGGAGAUUCUAUCACAAUCUACUACCACCCCCAACAUCCCUUGAUCUGUUCCCUCCUGCGGUGGAGACAACGAGAGAGACCUACAACAUCCACAGGCGGCGAUACCUCAUUGCCCCCGACGGCCGCUGGGCUUCCGACUGCUCGGGUUUCCAGGAGUCCCUUGACUCUCCAAAUCAACCCCUCUCCCCCAAUCCGAGUUCUCCCAAUCCUACUUCACCCUUGCAAGGCAAUGAAGGCUGGGACCCACUGUCGCUAUCAACUUCAUCGCCCUGGAAGACCUGGUUUGCCCACACCGAGCUUCGGGCAACAAUCCGGCAAGAUGUCGACCGAACAUUCCCAGACAUGCCUUACUUCCAGUUGGAGAGAGUCCAACGGUGUAUGACGACUGCGUUAUUCAUAUUCUCGGUGCUCAAUCCGGAUGUGGGGUAUAGGCAGGGGAUGCACGAGCUAUUUGCCUGUUGCCUGCUGGCGGUGGACCGAGACUCCUUGACGGUUGGCCAGGGCUCGACCGUGAAGGAGGAGGCAAUGUUAAGGACGCUUGAUAGGCGAUAUAUAGAGCAUGAUGCUUUUGAGCUGUUCGCGGCUGUCAUGAAGAACGGGAAGGCGUUCUAUGAAUGGCGAGCAGAGGAGGGUCCUCCCAUACGGUCGAAAUCACCAACUGCACCCCAAGCACCUAUCAUCAUACGAUGUAGCAAUCUACACUCUUCGAUUUUGCGGAAGAUUGACCCGCAGCUAUGGGAGAAAUUGGAGUCAGAGGGCGUGGAAGCUCAGAUUUGGGCCAUUCGAUGGCUGAGGUUGAUUUUCACCCGAGAAUUGCCUUUCAAUAUAGCAAUGCGUCUAUGGGAUGGAAUCUUCGCUGAAGACCCGGGACUUCAGUUGCUCGACUUUGUCUGUGUUGCUAUGCUUUUACUGAUACGAAACGAGUUGAUAGAAGGCGAUUAUCCAGCCAUUCUCACCAACCUUCUACACUACCCAGCUCCGUCGCCGACCUACCCCUUUGAACCAUUCAUGAUCCUUGCCCAAGCUUUGUAUCUACGCGAUGAGCUGUCUCCAGCAGCCGGGGUUGAGAUCGUUCUUCAAAACCAAGACCUUCUCAACAUCAAGGCAGCACCUUUCAGGGGUGACAUCGACGGACCCGCGACUUCACAAGCAGAAUCACGUUCCAAUGGGAGGGGCGGAAGCUUCAAUGCUGGACGCUCACGUAUGCAGAAGAGCGGUGGGAUGGGCGGGAUAGCCCAAGGGCUGUUUGAAAGAGCGCAAGCUGCGGGAUUGGACAAGGCCUUCUUGUCUACUGUCAGUGAUAUCCGGAAAAAUAUCCCAGAUUCGGCCUACUCUUAUCUCCCCAAUCUCCCCUUCUCCCCCGCCCAAUCCCCCGGCCCGCAAAGCCCUUCCAACGCAUUCUCAUCCAUACCCUCUUCCUCUCGCCCAGCCCGUUCAUUCUUCCACUCUCCAUCCCAGUCCCACACUAACACUCGGCCUCGCCCGCCACUUCGCUCUCGCCCUUCAAUGGACAGUCAAACAUCUGAGAUGUCAGUCAAAACUGUCAAGGAUGCCGAGCGUGAGAUGGCAGAAUUGAGACUAGCAAUGCUGGGUAUGGGCAAAGCCAUGCUGGAAUGGCUUGACGUAGUGAAGAACAAGGACCAGUCUACCACUGAAGGAUCGGAUGGCGAGCGAGAUGCCGCCUGGUCAGGUCUGGAGCGUGUCAGGGACACACUGAUAGACGCUGCCGGCAAAGACGUGGAUGAUAUCGUGAAGGAAUGGGGCUGGCACGAAGGGCUCGAAGCGCCUAGCAGUCGCUCUACAACCCCUGCCCCUGACACCGAGCCACAAGCUCCUGUGAUUGCUCCUGCUGUUGCUACGGCAAGCCAAGUCCCAGAACCAGAUCGUGACCCUCUGUCGGUCAAGACCGGGCCAGGUCACAUGGAAUUUGAAGAUGCUACGCCGACCCCAGCCAGCGUAUCUGUCAUGCCUACGACACCGAUGUUUCCCGGGCGGCCAAGUGGGGCGAGAACCAGUCUGACACCCCCAUCCCGGGCGGGGUCUUCUCGUACCGCCGGAGCACCGAACACGACGAGACAAUCCCCUUCAGAGCUGGCGAAUGGCCAGAGUCGGAUGAGUGUCGUCUCGGGCCUACCAAGAGUUUCCCAAAGUGCACCUUUAACCUCAAAUGGGGCUUUUGCGCGGCAUCAGCAGGUAGAAGAAAGGCGACCCUCGACAGCUGGUUUGGGCAUCUCCUCAUCUAGCAGGGGCGUCAAAUCGACCCGUGACCCCCUCGCUGAUUCGAGCGCUGCAGCUAGCUCAGAUCCGCUUGCUGGUUUGGGAGUGACGAGCCGGGAAGAUAAACGAUUGUCAGCGUCGACCGUCAAGGCAAAGGGGAGGAAUUCUGGAGGCGUCGAUCCGCUAUUGGGCAUAGACCUGAAAUAA